AUGAAUAAUAGCUGUGAUCGUUCGAUGACGGUGCUAUCAACAUCACUGAUCGCGCUGAGCAAGCGAUUAUCAUCAGAUUACGGAAAUCUUAUGGGUGACCGAAAACCGUCUAGUCAUCAGAAUGACACUCUGCUCGAGACGCAUGAAACCGCACCACGCGAACAAUGGAGCUCAUGGGCGGAUUUUAUCAUGAGCUGUAUCGGCUAUGCAAUUGGUCUCGGAAAUGUAUGGAGAUUCCCCUAUCUGUGCUAUCAGAACGGAGGAGGGGCAUUUCUCAUCCCGUAUGUGAUCUCGUUGGUGUUUUGUGGAGCACCGCUGUUCAUUCUCGAAACAUCAUGGGGACAACUAUUGUCCGUUGGUGGCCUAGGAAUGUUCAAAAUAUGCCCGAUAUUUAAAGGGGUAGGAAUUGCUGCCGCUGUGAUGGCAUUCUGGUUGAAUAUCUACUAUAUUGUCGUGCUUAGUUGGGCACUUUGCUAUUUUUGGAACUCUGCCAGAUUGGACGUGAACGUCCCGUGGAGAAAUUGCAAUAACGAAUGGAAUACUCCAAGAUGUAGAUCCGAAUAUGAGAAACUUCCAUGUGAUAGUAAUCGAACAAUAGCCGACUUUUUCAAUGUAAAAGUGCUGACAGCCGAUCACCUUCUCGAAUACAAAAAGCAAUUCUUUGUCGGACCGAAAGCGAAUUUCACUGUUUGUACUGCUGCUGAUCUCAGUGUCCAGUCACCGGUAAAGGAAUUCUGGAAUUUCAAAGUGUUAGGAAUCUCAGAUGGUAUUGAUCAUCCAGGAGGUCUACGCUAUGAUCUCGCUUUCUAUCUCUUUAUUGCUUGGGUGAUUUGUUAUCUGUGCAUUUUUAAAGGAGUGAAAUGGACUGGAAAGGUUGUUUACUUAACCGCAUCAUUUCCCUACAUCAUGCUUUUCUUCUUACUUGUUCGCGGUCUUACACUACCGGGCGCAUCAACUGGAUUGGAAUUCUAUUUGAAACCGGAUUUCUCGAAAUUGUUGGAAUCGAAGGUGUGGGUGGAUGCUGUCACUCAGGUAUUCUUCUCCUAUGGUUUAGGAUUAGGAGCUUUGGUGGCAUUGGGAAGCUACAACAAAUACCACAACAAUGUGUACAAACAAGCGCUUACCGUAUGCUUUGUGAACAGUGGAACCAGUGUGUUCGCUGGAUUUGUUAUCUUUUCCUUCAUCGGAUUUAUGGCCACUCAACAGGAAAAAAGUGUUGCCGAGGUUGCUCAAGCUGGACCGGGCUUGCUGUUCUUGGCAUAUCCAUCUGGAAUCCUACAAUUACCAUACACUAACGUCUGGUCACUACUCUUCUUCUCAAUGGUGCUAUUCUUAGGCAUCGACUCACAGUUCUGCACAAUGGAAGGUUUCUUCACAGCGAUCAUCGACGAAUUCCCACAAGUGAUUCGUAGAAGGAAGUAUGGACGGGAGAUUUUUGUCGGAGUUAUAUGUUUAAUCUCGUACCUGAUUGGACUUAGUACCGUAACCAGGGGUGGAUUCUAUGUCUUCCAAUUAUUUGACUUCUAUGCUGCAUCUGGAUGGGCACUUCUAUGGUUACUUUUCUUUGAAUGCAUUGCAAUCUCAUGGAGUGUAGGAAUUGAUCGAUGGUAUGAGCAUAUGAAGAGCAUGAUUGGAUAUUAUCCUAGCCGAUGGUGGAAAUUCUGUUGGGUUUUUGCCACUCCUUCUGUUUGUAUGGGAGUCAUGAUCUUUGGUCUAGUCAAAUAUCAACCGCUACGAAUUGCUGCCUACAAUUAUGAUUAUCCGUUCUGGGGACAUGUCUUCGGAUGGUUCUUGUCCUUAUCGUCAAUGCUUUGCAUACCGGGUUAUGCAAUUUAUGCUUGGGUCACUACGGAAGGGACUUUUUCGGAGAAAUUCAAGAUUCUUUGCCGUCCAGAUAUUGAAAUUGAGAAGGCAAAUCAUGAAGUACGUGAUGAUACAGAAAUGCAUGAUUUUCAUCAGUUAAUAUAA